UGGGCAACGGUUAAUAUAACAGAGCGUUACAGGUAGAACAGAAUGUAACAGGCGAACAGUUACCGUUGCUCUCUAUUGAAUGUCCCGUUAAUGGAGAGUCAUUAGAGAAACAUUAACUGUAAGCUUCGAACUCGAACGUAACGACGCCUGGCUAUUAGCUACAUGGCUAGUUAGCUUACAUUAUUACUGCAGUGACCAAGAAUGACAUCGUGUGCGAGUUAAUAUGGUCAGUUAUUCACGGUGUACGGAUGUAAACAAGGGCCUGCUUUGGUGAGUGAAUCUAAUUCAAGGAUGGAGAAAGAACAACACAACACUGUCGUCUUCAACGCUUCGAAAAGAGAGCUGUUUACUGCGAACAAUGGCUACAAAUCCAUGCAGACGAGACUGAAAGCUCAAUGGAAAAUUCAAAGUAUGAAGGAAGAGCUGUCUUCGGAGAAGCUGAAGGGUGUCAGAUUGUGGAUAACAGCAGGCCCAAGGGAGAAGUUCACAGGAUCAGAGCUGGAGGUACUGAAGCACUACCUGGACGGAGGAGGAAAUGUCCUGGUCAUGCUUGGUGAAGGAGGAGAAGUGAAAUAUGACACCAAUAUCAACUUUCUCCUGGAGGACUUUGGAAUAAUGGUCAACAAUGAUGCUGUCGUGAGGAAUGUGUAUUACAAAUACUUCCAUCCUAAAGAGGCACUUGUGUCCAAUGGUGUUUUGAACAGAGAGAUCAGUCGGGCUGCUGGCAAAGUGGUCACGGGAAUCAUUGAAGAUGAAAAUGUUGGAAACAAUGCACAGGCUCUCACAUUUGUGUACCCGUAUGGUGCCACGCUGAGUGUGAUAAAGCCUGCUGUGGCUGUUCUUUCAACCGGCUCAGUCUGCUUCCCCCUCAACAGGCCCGUCCUGGCCUUCCAUCAAGGAAAGGAGGCUGGCAAACUGGUAGUGCUGGGUUCCUGCCACAUGUUCAGUGACCAAUACAUAGACAAAGAGGAGAACAGUAAAAUCAUGGAUGUUGUGCUCCAGUGGCUCAUGACUGAUAAUAUUCAGCUGAAUCAGAUUGAUGCCGAGGACCCCGAGAUCACAGACUACACCAUGUUGCCAGACACAGGGUGCUUGUCAGAACAGCUCCGAGUGUGCUUACAGGAGGGUGAUGAAAACCCCAGAGACUUCACCUCGCUCUUUGAUAUGUCUUUGUUCAAUUUGUCGACUGACACUUUACCCCAAGUUAUCAGUGCUUACAAGCAGCUUAACGUCAAAGACGAGCCCCUUCAGCUGAUCACACCACAGUUUGAGACCCCACUGCCUCAGCUUCAGCCUGCUGUCUUUCCACCCGCGUUAAGCGAUUUGCCUCCACCCAUGCUGGACCUGUUCGAUCUAGAUGAAACGUUCUCUUCUGAGAAAGUGCGCCUUGCACAGCUCACCAAUAAAUGCACAGACGAUGAUCUUGAAUUCUACGUGCGAAAAUGUGGCGAAAUUCUGGGGGUGACUCCAAAGUUGGACAAAGAGCAGAGGGAUGCAAAGCACAUCUUGGAACACAUUUUCUUCCAGGUUGUGGAGUUCAAGAAACUCAACCAGGAGCAUGAUAUGGAUGCUGAGGUACAGUUCACGCCAUUGUAACUGGAUUCAAGAUUUUCAGCUCUUGCCUUUUACUGAACCCUGACCAAGCGUGUGAGAGUGUAUUUACUGGAGGUGGUAAAUGGACUGCUACAGUAGUUGUGGACUGCUGUAACAACAUGGCACUAAGGUGGAGAAACUGUAUAAAGUUGAUAUUUUGUAUCUUUCUACUGUUUAUUUUUUGAAGAAUUGUAACACUUAAGCAAAUAAAGUCACUGAUACUUUUA